AUGGGAAACAGCAGUUCCCAGAAGCGGGCCAAAGCACCCACGCAGGCCUGCGAGGAGACCCCGCCUGACACGGACGAGGCCGGGAGGAAACCGUUCUUCAGCCACUCCAAGGGCAAGAAACCGGGUGCCAAGAUCCUGCUGCUUUUGCAGUUGGACAAGCGGCAGCAGAGAGCCGAGGCGGCGGCGGCGGCGGCGGGCCCAGGCGCACAGCCCGGGGAAGGCGUGCCGCGCGGCUCGGUGGGCUUCCCCGCGGCGGCGCCCAUGCUGCGGGGAGCGGGCGACGGCGCCGAGCGGCGCGAAGGUACACGCGAGAGAGAGAUGAAAAAGAUCCUGGUGGUGCUGCUGCUGCUGGACGCAAGGCUGCGCGAAGACGGGCGCCGCGCGGCGGGCGGGCCCAAGGCACCGGGCAGCGGGCCGCGGCCCGACGCCAGCCCACCCGCCUCCAGCGCGGCGCCCGGCGAGCGCGACCCCAGCGAGGAACGGCCACGCAAGCGGCGCCGCUGCCCUCGCCCACGGCCCUGA